ACGAAGGAAACGAUUGUCAUCUUAUGGAGUCUAGGACGACGCUCGUCCUUUGAGAAAAGAAAAUACUGUUUUAGAUUAGUGUAUCGAAAUUGUUUGUUUUGUUAGAAAAGAUAAAGUACAAGGAUGCCAUCCCUUUUAUUCUGUGGUCCGAAAAUGGCCGCUUGUGGAAUAGUGAUCAGCAUAUGGGGAGUCAUCAUGCUGGUGAUGUUGGGGAUCUUCUUCAGUGCAAAGUCUGCUGUACUGAUUGAGGACGUGCCCUUCACAGAGGAGGACAUCCGCAAUGAUAAGAACCCCCCGGGGACCAUAUAUGGACUCUACAACCAGGUGGGCAUCAACUGCUUCAUCGCAGCAGCCAUUUAUGUUGCAGUGGGGGCGGUGUCACUCUGCCAGGUUCGACUCAACAAGCGCCAGGAGUACAUGGUGACAUAAGUUCCCCUGCAGCAUCAGAAGAUUACACACACACACACACACACACACUCUAUUUCAAGUUCUCAAGGGAAGCAACCUUAUAAAAAGCUAUUUAUUUGUAACUUCAGAGUAAAACAUUCAACAUAAGUCCUCUCUGUUAUAUGCUAAUGACUGAAAUCUAUCAUUCCUUGUAUUUGCAUACAACUAUUUAUUGAAUUGACCAAAACUGUAACCCAAAAAUGCAAACUGUAAAUUGAUCAUGGUGAAUAAAAUUGUAAAUCUUGUUCCCCUCAAGGACCAUUUCAGUGCAUACAUCAUGUGUGCUAGAUAACUCAACACAAAUUCCUAGAUGCAACAGAAACUACAAAGUUACAAAAAGAUGUAGAAUGAUCUCCUGUUUCAAUAGAGAAAUGUGAAUAUACUGCAAAUUCAUAAUGGUCAAUGUUGGUCAAAUCAAGAGAGAUGUCAAAAAUGGUUAAAUAUGUACAUUUUGUGUACUGUCUUUUGUGUUUGUGCUGUUGUGAAUUGUAUGCUGUUGAGAUAUAGCUCUUAAUUUGUUAGUCACUUAUGUAGUAGUUCCUCAGAAAAAUAUGGUGCACCAAAUGUUUGAAUGAAGUAUUUAUUUAAUGUGUUUGUUUUCCUGAGUGUAAUGAUGUGAAAGGAUCUAACUAAAUGGUACUUGAUGUGAAGGACCUCAGUCUCUUGUAGAUGUUCCCUGCAAUAAACUGGAAGGAUAAAAAGGAAA